UCAGCUGUUUGUCGUCGGAUAUGUUAUGAAUCACAUCAUGUUGUCUGCAUUACACUAAUUCACAUCAUUGAAAUACGACAAAAAAUCACGUAGUGUUAUCAUAACAUAUUAAAAAACAAAAAACAAUAGUUUACUAACAUUACUUGUGCCUAAAAAUGUUGAAGACAUUCACCAACUUCGAAUUCGCACUCCUGGUCAGCGUGUUACCAGCGGCUUGCUUCUAUCUGUGGACAUUAAUUGCCGGUGAUUUAAUCGUAUGUGUAAUUAAUUUCUCCGGAAGUCGUGUAAAGGUGUUGAACUACGCGGCGAAAGAUAUGGUGAACUGUUAUCAAAAUUACGCCGCAGUUACGAAUGGAGAUGUAAAAAAAGAGCAUUAGCUAACAUUUUUCUAGUCCAACUUUAUAGUAUUUGUAUAAUUACACUGUAUUACUACCCUGCUCGCAUUUACAAGGCAUAUGUGAUAUAUGCUAACCGAUUUUUGCAAGAAAUAUAAAAAAUAGCACCAAAUUGCUUUUGUAACUAAACAAUUUCCCUAAUGUUUGGAUAGGUAAAGUCUGGGAGAUAUUCUUUUCCACAUAUACAUAUGUGCACCACUUCACUUUUUUAUGUAGUGCAUUAUUAUUGCAUAUACGAAUGAUAUUUGCUCCAAAGUUUUCAUAGUUUUUGUUUUGAUUUAUUUACUAUUUUUCUUAUUUACAAAAAUUUGUCUUCGAGUUUUAUUCUUUCUUAAUUUUAAUAACUAUGUUGAUAUUUUUAGCGAAUAAUUAGAUAGUACAUGCCACAUUUAAAUAACAAAUGAUGAAAACCUCCUUAGUACAUAAUAUUAAUAAAAAUUAAAUAAGAGUUAAUUAGGGAAUUACUAAAUAUCAACUAAAUGGAAUUGUUAGGAAAAUGUAAAUAUCGGCCGAAUCGAGUGUAAGAUGGUGUAAGAGGGCAAAUAACAAGCUAAUAUCAACUUUGUACACACUUCUCCAAUACGGAAUGAAUUUAGAUUUUAAAUGUUGAGAGUGCAAAAUUAAAAACUACAGUAAAACACAAUAAUGUGAACUAAAUCGGUAAUACGUUUUGCUUAGCGUAAUGCAACAUAUAAUACAUGUAAUUCAUACAAAAUUACAUAUAUA